AAAGGGUAGAAGAAGAGAAAUAACUUCUUCUUCUUCUUCCAUUAGAGACUGGUAAAGCACAUUCUUAAUUCUAUAGGGGGUGGGCAAGGGUUGAUUUCACUUCUUUUAACAGAAAAAUUAAAAGGUGGGGGGGAAAGAUGGCUGGGGUGAUGCUGAUGCUAUUUUUAUGUCUCUCUGCUGGGUCAUUACUACAGGUCCAUGGCGAAGACCCUUACUUGUUUUUCACAUGGAACGUUACCUAUGGUACCCUUUCUCCUUUGGGAGUUCCCCAGCAAGUCAUUCUCAUCAACAAUCAAUUUCCUGGACCUGUCAUCAACUCUACCAGCAACAACAAUGUCGUUAUCAAUGUCUUCAAUAACAUUGAUGAGCCAUUCCUUUUGACAUGGAGUGGUGUCCAACAGAGAAAGAACUCAUGGCAGGAAGGAGUGCUCGGAACCAACUGCCCCAUCCCCCCUGGAACCAACCACACCUAUCAUUUCCAAGUCAAGGACCAAAUUGGCAGCUUCAUCUACUACCCAAGCACAGCCAUGCACAGAGCAGCUGGAGGCUUUGGUGGCCUUCACAUCAAUAGCCGUUUGUUAAUUCCUGUCCCUUAUCCCGAUCCUGAGGAUGACUACACCGUCAUUGUUAAUGACUGGUACACAAAGAGCCAUACAAGUCUUAGGAAAUCCUUGGAUAGUGGAGUUUCUAUUGGUAGGCCAGAAGGCGUCCUCAUUAAUGGCAAAACUGCCAAGGGUAAUGGCAAGGAUAAGCCUCUCUUUACAAUGAAGCCUGGAAAGACAUACAAGUAUAGGAUCUGCAACGCUGGGCUCAAGACAUCCAUUAACUUUAGGAUUCAAGGUCACACAAUGAAGCUUGUGGAGAUGGAGGGCUCCCAUGUGGUGCAGAAUAUAUAUGAAUCCCUUGAUGUGCAUGUCGGGCAGUGCUUUAGCGUGCUUGUCACUGCUAACCAGGCUCCCAAGGAUUACUACAUGGUGGCUUCCACCAGAUUCCUGAAGACAGUCCUCGUUGGCAAGGGCAUAGUUCGGUACACCAAUGGCAAAGGACAAGCAUCACCUGUGCUCCCCAAGGCACCUGUUGGAUGGGCUUGGUCUCUCAAUCAAUUCCGUUCCUUUCGCUGGAAUCUCACAGCCAGUGCUGCCAGGCCCAAUCCUCAAGGUUCUUACCAUUAUGGAUCGAUCAAUAUCACCCGGACUAUCAAGCUCGUAAACUCAGCCAGCACGACCGGCGGCAAGCUUCGUUAUGCCAUCAACAGUGUUUCCCAUGUUGAACCAGAGACCCCGCUCAAGCUUGCCGAGUAUUUUGGCGUUGCAAACAAGGUCUUCAAGUAUGAUACAAUUCAGGAUAAUCCACCAGCUAAAAUUGGCAAAAUCGUCUCACAGCCCAAUGUUCUCAACAUGACAUUCCGUAACUUCGUGGAGAUCAUCUUUGAGAACCCUGAGAAGAGCAUACAAUCUUGGCACUUGGAUGGAUAUUCUUUCUUCGUAGUAGCCGUGGAGCCUGGCACAUGGACUCCUGAGAAGAGGAAGAAUUACAAUCUUCUGGAUGCAGUGAGUAGAACCACCGUUCAGGUGUUCCCCAAAUCAUGGGCAGCAAUCCUAUUGACUUUCGACAAUGCUGGAAUGUGGAACAUCAGGUCUGAGAUGUGGGAGAGGACAUACCUCGGCCAACAACUUUAUGCAAGUGUUCUUUCUCCUGCACGCUCUCUUAGGGAUGAAUACAACAUUCCUGACAAUGCUUUGCUUUGUGGCCUUGUCAAAGGUUUACCUAAGCCCCCACCCUACACCAUUUAAUCUCCCAAACCGCCAUUCUGCUAUCACUAGAUAUAUGCCAUAUUCCCGGACUUCUGAUCAAUGAUAGAUGGUGAUCAAUUAAGCGAUAUAUUCUGUUAUGUGCUCUCCUUUUCCAAAUGGCAAUAAUAAUUUUAUUAAUUCUUGUUCA